GAGUUGAAAUCUUUCAGGUCUCAGAUUUUUUUUUUUUGAAAAAUAAGUUUCUCGUAAAACUAGUUUCUUUUUUCUUUCUUCCUUUCUCUUAUUCAAUCUAAUCUAAUGGCAAAACUGACUCAGAUGUUCAUGGAUAUGUUAUUUUUGGAUCAAAACUAUAUAAAAUGAAAAGUCUGACUAUUUUCAUAGGAAUCAACUCUUUUUUUUUUUUUAACAUUAUGAAAGUCAUUAGUCUUUUCACUAUUAUCACUACAACUAUACUUCUUCCUUUUAUUGGAUCUUCUACUGGAGCCUUACUUCAUCGUAAUAUUGAACAAGCAAAUAAUGAAAAUACUAUUAUUCAAGACAAUAAUGCUACUCUAUCGAACAUUGACUUGAACAAAUUGAAUGGUACCUGGUAUGUUAUCAGUAUGGAAAAAGAUAUUUACAAGAAAAUGCAAAAAGUAGCUGAAAAUUGUAAUGCAACUUGUAUUUGUCCUGAACUUAUUUUGACACCUAAUGGUCCUGAUUCUUUGGAUGCAAAUGCAACUUGUACUCUUCAAUCUCAAGGCAAGACUAUUCAAUUACUCUCUCAUGGAUUAUUGACUCUAUUACCUGAACAUCCUUCAAAAAAGAAGAAACAUAUCAAAAAUGAACUCUCUCUUGCUUUACUUUUCUCUCAACCUUUUAUCAUCAGUAAUGAUAAUACAACUGUGUCCCAAAAUGGUGAUCAAUGUAAUUCCCUCCCAAAUAUUAAUCAAGAAGGUGUACAACCUCCUAGUAUUGAUUCUGGUGUAAAAGGAAAAAUUCAUUGGACAUUUUAUCCUAUCAAGAAUUCUUCCUCUCAAGAUGAAGCGGCAUUUGUUCGUACAAAAGAUAUGAUAUCAGCUAAUGACAAGGAUGAUGUUCCAGAUGUUAAUAUGUUACUUUCCAAGGAUUUGUCUACUUUUGAUGAUGCUACUUAUAAUGCAACAGCAAACUCAAUUCCUGAUAUGGGCGAGGAUUAUCAAUAUGAUUAUAUGAAACUUGACAAGUGUAAUUUCAAUUCAACUGGUGGUCAACAACCUGAACCAACUUCGUCUGAAACUGGAGGCAAUAAUCAACCUACUGAAACUUCCACUGAAAAUGGUAGUCAACAACCUAAAGCUACAGAAUCAUCCACUGAAAAUGGUGGUCAACAACAUCAACCUGCCGAUGCCAAUGGUAAUCAAUAAAAUCAAAAUCAGAGUCAAGUCCAAUAGUAUAGUCAAUAUAGUUUAAGUUCCUUCAACGAAUUUACAUUUUAGUUUAGGAAAUUUACAUUUUUUUUUUCGUAUGCAACUCAAAAUAAAAAAGAAAUUAC